ACUUUCACUUUCCCGUCCAUUUUUUUUAGAUAGAGAUAUACACUCAUCAAAACAAACAACAAAAAGUCUGUUUUUUAUAGUAUUUUUUUUCCCUUUAAAUAUUUUUUCCAAAUCUCCCCUCUCCUCUAUUCUUCAUCUAAAUCAUUGAAACAAAAUCAAAACUCAACACAAAAUUAAUCUCAAAUUUUCUCCGAUUCCAUUCCGUUAGGGUUUCUAACAUCAAUAAUCUCAAUCUCCGGUCAUCAGAUUCAACCGCCGCUUGAAUUCAUCUCCGUCAGCUCGCUGAUUGUUUGCAAUGCACCGUGUCGGUAGUGCAGGGAACACAUCGAAUUCUGUUCGCCCGCGCAAAGAGAAGAGGCUUACAUAUGUACUUAGUGAUGCUGAAGAUACACAGCAUUGCGCUGGCGUAAAUUGCCUGGCUGUGUUAAAGUCAUCUGUUUAUGAUGGUUCUGAUUACCUCUUCACUGGAAGUCGUGAUGGAACACUGAAGAGAUGGGUGCUGGGUGAUGAUUCUGCCACUUGCUCAGCAACUUUUGAGUCACAUGUUGAUUGGGUAAAUGAUGUCGUUGUUGUUGGUGAUAAUACACUUGUUUCCUGCUCUUCAGAUGCCACCCUCAAGACAUGGAAUUGCUCAUCUGAUGGAACUUGUACGAAGACUAUUCGUCAGCACUCUGACUAUGUUACUUGUCUUGCAGCGGCUGAAAAAAAUAGCAAUAUUGUUGCCUCUGGUGGCCUUGGUGGGGAGGUUUUCUUAUGGGAUCUUGAAGCCGCGCUUGCGCCGAUCUCAAAGUCAAACGAUGCAGUAGAAGAUGAUUCAAAUAGUGUCAAUGGAUCUAGUAAUUCAUUGCCCAUGACAAGUUUACGCACCAUUAGUUCAAGCAACAGUAUAUCUGCGCAUACGUCCCAGUCCCAUGGAUAUGUACCAAUAGCCGCCAAAGGCCAUAAGGAAUCAGUUUAUGCACUUGGAAUGAAUGAUAGUGGAACUAUUCUUGUUUCUGGUGGAACUGAGAAGGUCGUUCGUGUAUGGGAUCCAAGAACUGGUUCAAAGGCUAUGAAGCUAAGGGGGCAUACUGAUAAUAUCAGAGCUCUGCUUUUGGAUUCCACUGGCAGGUUUUGCUUAUCAGGAUCUUCAGAUUCUAUGAUCAGACUAUGGGACCUUGGUCAGCAACGUUGUGUGCAUUCAUAUGCUGUGCAUACAGAUUCCGUUUGGGCACUUGCCAGCACCCCGACGUUUAGUCAUGUUUAUAGUGGUGGGAGAGAUUCUUCUUUAUAUUUGACGGACUUGGCGACAAGAGAGAGUCUUUUGCUUUGCACGAAGGAACAUCCCAUUUUGCAAUUAGCAUUGCAUGAUGAUAGUAUAUGGGUUGCAACAACAGAUUCUUCUGUCGAUAGAUGGCCUGCUGAAGGAUGCAAUCCUCAAAAGGUCUUUCAAAGAGGGGGCUCAUUCUUAGCUGGUAACCUGUCUUUUUCAAGGGCUAGGAUUUCCUUAGAAGGAUCUAUGCCAGUUCCUGUAUACAAAGAACCAACAUUAAGUGUACCUGGAACUCCAGCAAUAGUGCAGCAUGAAAUUUUAAAUAAUCGAAGGCAUGUCUUGACUAAGGAUACUGCCGGUUCAGUGAAGUUAUGGGAGAUCACAAGGGGUGUUGUAGUUGAGGACUAUGGAAAGGUUCCCUUUGAAGAGAAAAAGGAACAAUUAUUUGAAAUGGUAAGCAUUCCUGCGUGGUUUACUGUGGAUACAAGGCUUGGGAGCUUGUCUGUUCAUUUGGAAACACCACAAUGCUUUCAUGCUGAGAUGUAUUCAGCUGACCUUAACAUAUCUGGGAAACCUGAGGAUGAUAAGAUUAAUCUAGCUCGUGAAACCCUCAAAGGCCUGUUGGCUCAUUGGUUGUCCAAAAGAAGGCAAAGACUUGGACCUCACAGUUCAGUUAAUGGGGAUGUUUUACCUGGGAAAGAUAUUGCUCCUAGAAGUCUCGCUCAUUCCAAAGUUGAGGUGGAUGGUAGUGCUGAAAAUGACUUCAUGGUGUAUCCUCCUUUUGAAUUUUCAACUGUUUCCCCUCCCUCAAUAAUUACUGAAGGCUCUCAAGGAGGACCUUGGAGAAAGAAAGUUACUGAUUUAGAUGGAACUGAAGAUGAGAAGGACUUCCCAUGGUGGUGCUUAGAUUGCGUGUUGAAUAAUCGCAUUCCUCAAAGAGAACAUAGCAAGUGCAGUUUUUAUCUACAAGCAACUGAAGAGUCGACUUUCAAUAUGCACUCACAAGGCAAAUUGAGUGCACCUCGCAUACUGAGAAUACAUAAAGUUGUCAAUUAUGUCAUAGAAAAGAUGCUCCUUGAUAAGCCAGCAUCUAGCGGUAGUUCUGAUGGGGCUUAUGCUCCUGGACUUGGUGGAGGACAGUUGCAGCAUUCAGCAGUUGGAGAAGGAUCUUACAGAUCCGGAGCGAAGCCAUGGCAAAAACUUAGGCCUUCAAUAGAGAUUAUGUGCAACAAUCAGAUACUAUCCCCAGAAAUGAGCUUAGCCACGGUGAAAGCUUACAUAUGGAAGAAACCUGACGAUCUAGUCCUGCAAUUCAGAGUAAGGUGACUCUAAACAACUUUUAAAAUGAG